UAAGAAGAGAUUCCUUAUGUCUCCUACAGCCAUUAUAUAUAUUGACAAGAUGCCAUUGGAAGGGCAGAUCCAUAGACUCAAUUCUUCAUCAAAAUCAAGUCUUCUCUUCUCUUCUCUUCUCUUGGUGAAAAAUGACAUCCUCUCCUUUGAACCCAAAAUCUCACGGUCGCUCAAAUAGCUUGCCCUCUAGACCACACCCUCUCAUUCUAAAAUGCAAUGAACAGUUGGAGAGCUUAAGGGCUUCCAAUGAAACCUCCUCUUCUUCAUCACUGAGACAUAAGGUAGGAGGCUUGCAAGAUUUGAUUGAGUGUGUUGAAAAAUUGAUUCAGCUUCCCCUCACUCAAGAUGUUCUUGUUCAUGAGCAUCAAGAGAAUUGGGUGGAUGAGCUUUUGGAUGGAUCCUUAAGGCUCUUAGAUGUGUGUACAGCAGCCAAAGAUGCUUUGCUGCACACAAAAGAAUGCACACGUGAACUUCAAUCAAUGAUAAGAAGGAAGAGGGGUGGUGAAGUGGAGCUGACAGCAGAGGUUAAAAAAUUCUUGACAUCUAGAAAAGUAGUGAAAAAGGCCAUCUCCAAAGCCUUGGCAAAUUUGAAUGGCACUUCAAAGAAUUAUAACAUCUCAUCAGCUACAAAUAAAAGCCACCAAACAGUGGCUUUGAUUAGCAUAUUGCAGGAAGUGGAAGUGGCUACACUAUCAACAUUUCAAUCACUGCUGCAAUUUAUCUCAGGCUCAACACAAUCAAAGGCAAACCGAUGGCUUUCAAUUUCCCAGCUAAUUCAACCCAAAAGAGUGGCUUGCUCCCUAGCGGCAGAUGAAAGUGAAUUUGCCCUGGUGGAUGCAGCAUUGCAAUCUUUCAUAUUUACCAAGACUUGCAAAUUUGAAGACAUAAACAAUCUGCAAAACCACUUGGAGAAAAUGGAAUCGUGCAUUCAAGACUUUGAAGAAGGACUUGAGUUUCUAUUCAGGCGUUUGAUUAAAAUCAGAGUUUCCCUUCUUAAUGUUCUUAACCAUUAGUCCAACCUAGCUGGGACUCAAUUUUGUACUGAUCGAUAUAGAUACACUUGUACAUGGAAUCCAUAAAUGUAUAUGUCUAGUGAUAAUGAACUGAAAAUCUUUCUCAAC